AUGCCGGAACAUGAUCCCUUGGUCCUAUCAUACACCCACCUCGCGCAGUUUCGCCGAGCAGGUGAGGCACUGACCAUCUUGAAGAAGGUGGCCUCCCUUGUAAAGCCGAUCAUGCGCAGCCGUGGGUGGAAGGUUGGGGAGCUGGUUGAGUUCUAUCCCAACCAGCAGAAUUUACUUGGGCUAAAUGUUAAUCGCGGGAUGAGGAUAUGCCUACGGUUACGUUAUCCGCAUGACCAGAAUCAGUUCCUCCCGACCGAAAGCAUCGUUGACACAAUGCUACAUGAACUUUGUCACAUUGUACAUGGACCUCAUGAUGCCAAGUUUCAUGCUCUCUGGGACCAACUGCGUGAUGAAUGGCAAGGACUCCUUUUCAAGGGAUACACAGGCGAAGGAUUCUUGUCCGAGGGUCAUCGGCUGGGCGGAAGACAGGCGCUGCCGACUCAUGAAGUGCAGCGGCUUGCCCGUGCAGCCGCGGAAAAGCGAAAAGCUCACGAGCAGUUGAGUCGGGGGUCAGGACAACGGCUUGGCGGAGGGGAUAUAUCACGGCCGCCAAGGCCAGGUAGAAACCUACGCCAAGCAGCAGCGGCGGCGGCCGAGAAGCGCACAAAAGCUCUCGAGGGCUGUGCAACGGACAAGCUGAGUGACAACGAGAUUCGGAUCAUUGCAGACACGGCGUCGAAGAAUGGAUUUCGUACACAGGCAGAAGAGGACGAGGCCAACGAUCUUGCGAUUGCGCAGGCCCUAUGGGAGAUGGCCCAGGAAGACGAGAUGUCUAAUGCAGGUGGUUCAUAUGUGACCUCAUCGCCUGCGGAAAAAAUAAUGACGAGCAACGGGAACAAGACGAGACCACCAGUACCUCCUCGUCCCAGAGAGGAGCGAUUCUGGAUCUGCUCAGUAUGCACGUUGCAUAAUCCGCAGGACUUCUUGUGCUGCGAUGCCUGCGGGGUGGAGCGCGGCGAGGCAACAUUACACGUACCGGCGACACCGAGACAGCCUGGGCCGAGGCCAGCUGUGAUUGACCUAACAGAUAGUCCGCCAAAGAAGAAGACGAAGGGUCGUGAGACACUGCAAACAGCCCAGAGGCCACCAGCAUCGACGUCGGCGUCGGGCGCCGUGUCGGCACCGGCUCCAGCUCCUCCACCAACGUGGCGCUGCGAAUUUUGCGCGACAGAAAUGGAACGGCAGUGGUGGACCUGCUUUACCUGCGGACAGAUGAAGUUUAAUUCACGAUAG